AUGGCACGGCCUUCUUCUUCGACCAACGCUCGUUGCGAAAGCUGCGACGCGCCAAAAAACCUAGACGUUAUCGGACAACCCAUCAAAGGGGUCUACACUGGAGCCUGGUCCAAUAUCUGCCGCCGCUGCCGUCACACGGCCCAGAAAAGGAUGUGGACUUCCUUCAGCGCUUGGGAAGACCUACUCAGGGCCAACCUAACCUACCUCGACGGCCACAUUGACGUUUCCCCCAACUACGAUGUCCCCAUUUCUCCAGAAACAACACGACUUCUUCCUGGUCUGAAACGCCUGCAUGAGUACGGCUUGCUAUCCACGAACUCUCAGCCUGGUGACCAGGGGUUGGCGUUCAAGGCUGAGACGGGUUGUAUCCAGUGGAAGCAGAGGCCUUAUUACGAUUUCUUGGUCCCGACAGUGCAUGAAAGUGUAGACGUAGCGAAGGUUAAUAGGCUUGUUGACGCCUUGAUGAAACAUGAGGAUAUUGUCACUACUGCAUGGUCCGAUAGCGAUGAGUAUCCGAAGUCAAAAGAAGGAGAUGUCAACGAAGCGAGAGAGGUGGCACCCACUUUCCACGCCACUGCACAAAACGAAGCUGGGGAGGGGACCGAUAAGACCUACUACUUCCGCUCAAACGCAUCGCCGCGCGUCCACUGGGUCUCUUCCUACCGCAAAGCCAAUUCCUCUAAGGAGCUGCGAGACACUGAAUGGACAAACCAAACGCGCUCUGGACCCACCAAUGUAGACGAAAUACCGCGAGGCAGCUCCACUUGUGGGAAUGGGCCGGAAUGGGAGAGGUUUCCGGGUGUGAUGAAUGCGAGACCAUUGGCUGUACAGGUUGCGGCGAGGGAGUGGACUACGAAGCUUGAUUUGCAGGAAGUGGUGGAGCGGACUUGUCAGAGAGUGGGACUAGGUAAGAUGUUCAAGAGUGUGCUGAAAAGGGAACUGAUGGUGGACGUUCCGGACACGACGUCUGUAUCUCAACUUGAUGAAUGA